GCAUAUAGGAAGGUAUUCCGAAGCCUUUUCCCUAUGGCGGGGUACAAUCCACCACACCAAAUCGGAAGGGCUCGGGAGAAACCCCAUUUGAUGAAUCUCUACUCCACUGUUAUUCAAUCGUCGUCGUAAGGUUACCAUCAGAGCGAUUUCAAUUCAUAAGUAGGAUCUUACAUCCUUACUAUCUUCGGGGUUUUUGUCUGGUUCUCUUCCUCGUAUUUUAUACUGAACUAGACUUACACAUAAUGCCACAUUCUAUGGAAGAUAAUAAAGCAGUUCGCAUGCUUCAAGCAGCAGAAGACGGUGGUUAUGGUGUUGUAGGAGUAGUCUCCGUACGUACAUUUCACCAAAAAAAGAAACCCUCACUCUCUUUCCAUCCCCCCUUACCAUAUAACUAAUUCCCUAUCUCCCAGUACAACCUCGAAACUAUAACCGCCGUCGUCCGCGCCGCAGAAAGCAAACGUUCUCCCGCACAAAUCCUACUCUUCCCAUGGGCCCUCCAUUAUUCCCCGCUUCUAAUCCAUCUUGCAGCCGCCGCAUGUCGAACCGCCACUGUACCUAUAGUUUUACACAUGGACCACGCACAAUCUGAAGAUGAAAUCCUCGCCGCUGCUGAUAUGGGACUUUUCGAUAGUAUAAUGGUAGAUAUGUCGCAUUACGAGAAGGAGGAAAAUCUAGAAAAGACCACAAGGUUGACCAAGAUUUUGAGGGAGAAAGGCAUAGCAGUUGAGGCGGAAUGUGGAAGGAUUAAUGGGGGCGAGGACGGAGUGAAGGAUACAGGGGAUUUGGAAGGGUUACUCACGACUCCUGAGGAGGCCAUGAAGUUUGUGGAUACGGGGGUAGAUUUUUUGGCGCCAGCUUUUGGGAAUGUGCAUGGAAAUUAUGGUGGGGUGGAGAACAUUAAGUUGGAUUUUGAAAGGUAUGUACAGCAUGUUUCUUGAAAUGUAUCGUUAUUAGCAUUAUGGAGGCUAACGCACAUUCAGACUCGAAAAUAUAAGAAAAGCCACAAAUGGUAGAGUACGUCUAGUUCUCCACGGCACUAACACAUUCCCCGACAAUACAAUGAGAGAAUGUAUAAAAGGGGGGAUGACACGAUGUAAUCUGAAUGAUUUGGUUUUAAAUACCUACAACAAAUAUGUAGCGGAAAAUACGGGAAAAAUUCCCCUGACGGAACUUAUGGAGAAGGGCACAACUUUGAUUCAGGAAUUGAUCGAACAUCAGAUGGAUAUCAUUGGUUCAACUGGAAAGGCAUGAUUGCAGUAAUACGAGAAAUUGAAGAUAGUUUGAUGAUGUGGUAGGUUUACCGAUUUGAGUGUGAAUGAUUGUGUCUUGGAGUAAGU